UGAUGUAGAGACAGUCUGUGGUGUGGUGUAGUGGCCAGGCAUAUGUUGGUGUCGGUGAGGAGAAGGAGCAGGAUGAUGGUUCUCGUCUCCUUCGAGGAGGAUUCAGAUCCACAGUAGCUGCCGUGAGGAUGUACGGGGAAGGAGAGGGCACCGUGUGGGACCGGGUCGGGCGUCCCCAUCUGGACUGCAUGUGCUACCUUGGACCUCCGACUACUUUGAUGCCGAUCGGGAUGCGCAAGUCGCCCGACGUGAGCCCCAGACGGCUUUCGGACAUCAGCCCGCAGCUCAGACAGCUCAAGUACCUGGUGGUGGACGAGGCCAUCAAGGAGGACCUCAAGUCCUCCCGCUCAGUCGAGGACAUCAACAGCGCCUCCAUCGAGGAGCGAAUACUGCGCAUCACCGGCUACUAUGGAUACCAGCCCUGGAACGCGAGCUGCAAGAGAGAAGAACGCACCAGGGAGAAUGUGGUGGGCACCACGGACGCACAGACGACCGGCGGCGCGGCGGGAGCAGAGUCCGACUCCAAAAAACGGAGGCUCCACUGCUGCAUCCGAGUCACAACUGUGCAGGUGCGGAAGGCCCUGUGGGGAGUCGCCAUGGUGAUGUGUGUGUGCUCAUCCUGGGCAGGCUCCACCCAGCUGGCCAAGCUGACCUUUAAGCAGUUUGAUGCCCCCUUCACCAUCACCUGGUUCGCCACCACCUGGAACUGCCUCUUCUUCCCCCUCUAUUACAUCGGCCACCUGUGCAAGAGUCCAGAGAGGCAGACGCCCAGACAGAGAUUCAGGGAGUGCAGCAGGUUUUUCGGGGACGACGGGCUGACCCCCAAGGUGUUCUUCACCAAGGUCGCUCCCUUCGGCCUCCUGUGGAUCCUCACCAACUACCUGUACCUGCAGGCCCUCAGGAAGAUCAACACAACAGACGCGUCGGCGCUCUUCUGUUGCAACAAGGCCUUCGUCUUCCUGCUCUCCUGGAUUGUGCUCAGAGAUCGCUUCAUGGGCGUCAGGAUAGUAGCUGCUAUCUUGGCCAUAGCAGGCAUCGUGAUGAUGACCUACGCCGAUGGAUUCCACAGCCACUCAGUCAUCGGCAUUACGUUUGUUGUGGCCUCUGCAUCGAUGUCCGCACUCUACAAGGUGCUUUUUAAGAUGGUCCUGGGCAGUGCCAAAUUUGGAGAGGCCGCACUCUUUCUGAGCAUCGUUGGGAGCGCCAACUUUGUCUUCAUCAGCUUCGUGCCGGUCAUCCUGUAUUUCACCCACGUGGAGUACUUCGGCUCGCCUGAAAACAUCCCCUGGGCCUACCUCUGCGGGGUCGCAGGCCUGCUUUUUGCUUUCAACGUCCUGGUGAACUUUGGCAUCGCGAUAACGUACCCGACAUUAAUCUCACUUGGCAUCGUCCUAAGUGUUCCUGUAAAUGCCAUGGUGGACCUCUACACAUGUGAAAUCCAUUUCAACACGGUUCGCCUCAUCGCUGUGUUCAUCAUCUGCCUGGGCUUCCUCAUGCUGCUGUUACCGGAGGACUGGGACCAGUGCAUCAUCCAGCUCAGCACCAAGCUGCGCAAACGCGACGAGCCGGCAGAGGGCAGCGUCGAGGCGGGUGCCACCACCGGGCUCAACUGGAGAGGGAGAGCCAGGACCUCCACCUUUACACAUUGACUCCAACGAAGUGUAACGAUGCAAACACAGACACGGGGAGGGAGACACGUUAACGCCUCUGUUGGUGUUGAUGUCGGGACAUUUGAACCUGCCUGGUGCCCCCCCCUUGCUUUUCUCACAGCUCCCUGGCCAAAAAGAUUCCGUGACUCUCCUCUGAUCGGAAAUGCAAGAGGAAUUAAUUACAUAUCAUUUAUUUGGCGUCCACUCCACUCAAAACGAAUCCGAGCUGGUGCAUGGGCUCAUAUCAAUUGUACUCCUUUUGUGCCCCCCAAAAAAUUACAACAGCAGGUAUAACAUCUGAUAAUGAUUGAGUCAUGUGUUGAUUUUCCUGUACCUCUUAAAUCAUUCCAUCUGUUCACCACACCCUCGCGCCUGGGAAAACUUACCAACUUGCCUGAUGACAGACAUUUUGUUCGAGGACGGCCUCACACCUUGUGGACUCGCUGGCUUUAACACACACACACACACACACACACAAACACACACUAGUGCACACAUUCGAGAUCCAAAGAAGAAUGCCUAAAAAUGCUGAAUGCCUGAAAACAAAAGGGGAGGCCCUGCAGCGGCGCCCCCCUCAGGUGUAAACUUCUGACAAAUACCUGCCUUUCGUGCACUGUACAUAGCCGUGUGUCACACCUCUUGUGUCCUGGAGCUGUGGAGCAUCGAUGGGCUCAUCUGGCGCGAAGGGACCUGUCGGGACAUCUGAGGAUCAAUCUGAGCUGGAGAGGCUUUCACGACACCUCACCCUGCGCGUCCAGGAGCAGAGCUCUGGUCCUUUCUGACCACACUGAUUGGCCGCCUGUGGUUCUGUGCUUUCCAGAGGCUGAACUCCCGCUCUGUUGGUGCCGACACCCAUCGCUCAGGCCUGCAGUUUUGUCACGACAGAUCUAAAGCCAGUGUUUAAUAUGUUUUCAAUGCAUGACAUGGUUGAGCUUUGUUUUGUCAAAAAAUUGUGAGGGUUAGGGCCGUCAAUCCAUCUUCGAAGCGUUUGCCUCACGUUUCCUGUUGCCGAGACGCUGGCAGCAAACAAAAAUUAACCAUGCAGGUAAUUCAAAUAAUAGCUAAAUGUCACAAGCAAUGCUUCAGGUAUCCAAAUCUAAGGAUGGACUUAAAGCACUUAACAGCUUCUCAAAAGACGUGAACACUUGGAAUUACCCCUUUAAUGACUCUGAACUUCAGACACAGCCGUCACUGAGCCUCUCUUUGAAUUCCCGUCACAUUUAAACUUUCUACGCUCACAAUCUAAUUUGCGACGGUUCUAAGUGAAAUGAUUUCAUUUCUAGGGAAAGUAACAGAAUGGUCACGCUGCAGCUCGAGGAGAGGUGUGCUGACGCAGAAAGGAAAACCCCUGCUCUUCGUCGAAGUCUCACAGCCUCUGUUUUCUUCUAUCGCAUUUCAUGAGGCGACCGAGAUGAACGACGCCGGGAGCUCUGGUGGAAACGCUGCCUUGUUGUGAAUGUACGAACACAUCACUCGAACCAACACACGCUCGCUAUCAGUUUUUUAGUUGUUUUUUUAACAGUGCCAUGACGGACCGCUGCAGAGAGACUCACUAUCCUUCUUCUACUCAUCUAACCGUGAUGCAUUUUUUUAAAAAACAAACUCUUGACGCGUCAUUGACACUUUUUAAAAAUAUUUUUUGCAUUUGUUCGCCGGCUAACUUUGAGAAACAGCUACAGGACGAGCAUGCACAUACUGUAUGAGCAGAUACAGCUGACGAGUCCACUUCACUGCCUUUUCUUUGGUUUUGCUAUAGAGAACAUUAGCACCGUUUCCCAUUGUCAUUCUCUAUGACAAUAAAUAAUAAUAUUGUAUUCCUCUGGAAUUAUUGCUAGACAUAAAUGUAAACCUUUGUAAGGAAUGACGAUUUUUACACUGAGAUGCAACAUAUGAUUAUCACAUUUGAGGAAGAGAUCAUUAUGAGCGUGAAUAAAUGACGGGUUUGUUAGAUCUACUGUUGGGUGUCUUCAAGUGUAAUCACAUGUACUACAUAAAAUAUUCUUUUCAAUA